UAACCCAACAAACUCCAGAGGCUGGAGGCUAGUGUCUGGAUUCUUGUCUGUGGAGGAACCGGAUUGUUUCUGAGAGGAGGCUCCAGACUCUGCAGUGCAGGAGCAGCAGCAGGAGGAUCAGCUCCUGCAGCUCCACCAGCAACUCCUCCACCUCCUCCAACAGAAAGGAACGAGCCUCUCUUGACUUCCAGCGGAGUGGAAACCCGCCGCGAUGACAAACGAAAACUGUAGUUCUGGCACCGAAGGACCAAGUGCGAGGAGGACAUGGAGUUAAGUUAACCAGGACCCGCCGGACCCGCUCCACUCCCGUGUCUACACUGCGCGUUGGGCGUCUUCUCUCUGUUGGAUUUGGACCCGAAGCAGCCGGAGUUCCUCUCUGAGCCCCCCAGGGUCGCGGAGGAGUUCUGAAGUUCCAAGGGCCAAAGGACAUAGGACAUAGGACCGAGGACAUAGGACAGAGGACAAGAGGACAGGGGACAGCACCUCGGCCGAGAUGGUGGACAGCAAGCCGCUCCUCCAGGACAGACCUCCCGCCUACGUCGCCGGCCCGGGGUCCUACGAGUACGGCCCCCCCCCGCAGCAAGGCUAUGGGGCCAUCCCGCCUCCGGCCCCCCCACCGCCGUACCCCUACCCCAACGCCCAGGGAUACCCGUCGGCUCAGAUGGGCCCGGCCGUAUCCCAGCAGCCCUACACUGGGCCACGGCAGAUGGCCCCAGCCGUAUCCCAGCAGCCCUACACGGGGACAUACACCAUCAUCCAGCCCUCUGUAGUGGUGGUGGGAGGCUGCCCUGCCUGCAGAGUCGGUGUCCUGGAGGAUGACUUCACCUGCCUGGGGAUCAUGUGUGCCAUCUUCUUCUUCCCUCUGGGGAUCCUCUUCUGCCUCGCGCUGCGUCAGAGGCGGUGUCCCAACUGUGGCACCACCUUCGGCUAAGAGGGACCAAACCGCAGCUCUCACACAUGCUCGUGCUCCCCCUUGCACACACAUACCCAUAUAUAUAUACAUUUAUAUAUAUAUAUAAUCCAGCAUAUUUGUGUCUUCUUUUUGUUUAUCCUUCUCAAUAUUGCACAUUGCUGUCGCCAUUAUGUCGUGUAGAAGAAAUCAUCGAGAUGUUGCCACAAACUUCAGAGUGAGUUUUUUUAAUCAAAGGUUUUUGUAGAAAUCAGUUUUCAUCUGCUAGUUGAGGACGUGCUCUAGCGAAUGUGAGCGUCCAGCUGUCGUCAGUGCCUUCACGACAUGCAGAGGGAGCGUCACCGAUUCCAUCAGUCAUGACUUCUUCUGUAGAUUUAGCUCAGUGAUCCAAGGAUCCGAGCAGAUUCCUUUGCGCUUUUGACAAGUCAGAAUUAACGAGGCUAAUGUCGUCUCUUUUUUUUUUUUAAGGUUUAUUUCUUCGCUCUGGCACGCUGCUUAUAUAUAUCUUGUUUUGUUAACAUUGGGCUUAGUAACUUAGGAACAGCACCCAGGUUGAUCACCGAUGUAUUCGCUUUUUUUACAGGAAAUGCAAAUCUUUUUCAUUUGGAAAUUAUUUCCUGUCUUCUUUAUCUUGGCGGAUUGCUGAUUGUGACCUGGAGUAACACAAACAAAAGGAAAUGUUGUGUAAAGAUCCCUGAAGGUGAACUGUCCCGUCUGAAUCAAUGGACCCGUGUCGGAGGGAAAGGCCGCAGCAUUCUGCCUCUUUUUUGUUGAUAUGAUAUAUUUCUUUGGGGCCAUAUUUGCACUGACCGUUUUUUGUUUGAUGAUUAUUCUGCUGGGUUGUGCGUUUUCCAGGGCCAAUGCAGAACUCAGGUACACACAAUCUGAAACGCCCUUGACAACCUCAAUCACUGUUCGAACUUCUACCCACUUUCAGAGAAACUCUCGUGCCCCACGCGGACUCGCUCUCUCGUGAGCGGCGUUUCUCUCAAAGGAAGCAUGCUGUCUCUCAAUAACGUGCAUAAUCUCUAGACUUCUAUCUUAGUUGUCUCCUCCGUGACAAGUCACCCUGCCCCGUUCUUCCCAGCCAGACAAUCAAGAAUGUCUCCGUGUGUCCCUGUAUCUGCAGCGUCUCCCGUGUCCACGUCUUCCAUCACAGCAGGAGGUUCUGUACCUGUCCACGGCAGAAGAGAGGAGAUAUAUCUGGGCGGGAGGGAUUUAAAAAAAAAAAAGAAUAAAAGAAUCUUGCUUUAAAAACCACACUACGCACGCUCUUAUGAUUAGGGUUCUUACUUUUUAUAUAUCAGUUACUGUAAUUAAAAAAUGAAUGCUACUUCA